GCCCCGCCGGGCCGGGCCGGGCCGGGCCGCUCCGAGCGCUCCGCUCCGAGCGCUCCGCUCCGCUCCGGCGGGGCCGGCGGGGCCAUGGCCACCCUGCGCCGGGACGGCCGGGUCACCGCCCUGCAGCGCCUGGGCUGCGCCGGGCUGGCGGGCGCGCUGAGCCUCAGCCUGACGGCGCCGCUGGAGCUGCUGACGGUGCUGGCGCAGGUGGGCACCUGGCACUGCCGGCGGGGGCUGCGCGAUGCCGGGCGCAGCCUGUGCCGCACCGAGGGCGUGCGGGCCCUGUGGAAGGGGAACCUGACGGCCUGCCUGCGCCUCUGCCCUUACAGCGCCCUGCAGCUCGCCGCCUCCCGCCGACUUGUUACCCUUUUCAUGGAUGAUCUGGGCCAUAUCUCCCACUGGGGAGCCAUCAUGGCAGGAAGCCUGGCUGGAAUGGUUGCCACCAUCGUGACGUACCCCACUGAUGUGAUUAAAACACGGCUCAUCGUGCAGAACCGGCUGGAACCAUCCUACGAAGGAAUUCUUCACGCUUUUUACAAGAUUCAUCACCAGGAGGGACUCCGUGCACUCUACCGUGGUGUUUCACCAGCAAUAUUAGGUGCUGUCCCAUUUUCUGCAGGCUCAUUCUUUGUUUACAUCAGUCUGGACAAAAUCUGGCAAGAACCCAUAGUUCGUUUCACUCCUCUUCAGAACUUCCUAAAUGGUUGUGUAGCAGCUGCUGUGGCACAGACACUUUCUUUCCCCUUUGAGACUGUCAAGAGGAAGAUGCAGGCCCAGAGUCCUUUGCUUCCCCACUAUGGAGGAGUUGAUGUCCAUUUUACUGGCAUGGCUGACUGCUUCCGGCAAACUGUGAAGUACAAAGGUGUGCUUGGACUUUGGAGUGGACUCACACCCAGUCUGCUCAAGAUUGUGCCAUACUUCGGUGUUAUGUUUAGCACCUUUGAAUUCUGCAAGCGGGUUUGUCUCUACAGAAAUGGUUAUAUUGAAUCUCCUUUAAAUUACAAGCUAACACCUGGUGUUGACCAGAGCUUACACCCACAAGAACUGAGAGAAUUAAAGCUCCUCCGAAGGGAAAAUUUUGAGCCAAGGAAAUCAGCACUUGAAAACUGACAUCAGAGUGUCCACUGCAGAUAUUCAAAUACCUUUCUUAAGGAACUUUGCAAGAAAGACACGCUGAGCUACAGGUACUGACAUUUCAGUGGACUGCAUGGUUCUUGUAGUGAGAUAUGUGACAGGAAAGAAUAAAUCUGUAUUGCAUCUGAAUGGGUAUAAAGAAUAUGACUGGCAAGCACAUACUGAAGAGGAAAGAUGCAAUUAGUUUGAAAACUCUGUACUACUGGAACUUGAAAUGACAUUAUUUUAGGUGCUUUUUAAUACUGAAUAGCCAUUUGAGAUUAAACCAGUUGCAGAAAGGCAAGAGAAUAGAGCUAAGAGUAUAAAUUGUCUUCAAAAACAAUAAGUAAAUGGAUUUUUUAAAGCAAUCUGAGAUACAAGUCAGCCAAAAAUAAUAAAACAGAAUAAAAUACCUGCAACAUGUAAGAACUUCUACUGACAUCUCCAGGUUUUUUAGUGAUACUGUGUGGAAGUGGCAUUCUACAGAGUCAGCAUUAAUCUUAGUUCAGUCACACUCCCAAAUGCACUCCUAAGUUUUUGAGAUGUACUUGAGAAUAAUAAUUUUGUCUGAUUCUCCAGGAUAAAGAUGAAUGUGUGCUGCUGCAACUGUGCUCUUGCUAAGACAGAACUGUAAUGUGCAAAAUGAACUGUAAUACACUGGAAUGACAAUCUUGCAAACUUAAGUGCAUAUUCUCUUUCUCGUGCAUUGUUAGUGCAUGUAUGUGUUGCUCCAAUUCCUCUGUAGAAGUUCAACUAUGGAACAGCCCCAUCCCAGUGCCUUCUGAUAAAAAACCCAAGCCCCUGUCCAUGUGGGAAGCUGGCUGUGCCCUGGCAGCAUGGCAAUCACAGCAGCUCACAAAGGUGUGUGCACACUAGCUCCCCUGAGUUGCAGCAGCCUGGGCUCAGCACAGCAUUUGCUGCUUUACACAGCUCCUCAUCUGUGUUUUUGCACUGUUUAUAACCCCUGAUGGGUGAAAAUAAGUAAAUCUCAGAAACUGCUUGGUUAGAACAUGUCACAGCAGGGUGAGGCAUUGGCAAAUCCAUGCAGGAACAGUAACUGUGGAGAGAAACUUGCAGGAAGAUUUGGGACAGCUGUAAGGUCUGCCUUGCACCUGGAACUCACUGUUGAUGCAUCUUACAGCUGAAGUCUUGUGGUAUCUCUCUUAAUGGACUUGCUCUGUUCUGCUGCAGUGGUGCUUCAUACUGAUUUUUUUCUCAGCGAAGAAAUGCAAGCAUAGAUAGCAAAAAAUUAAGAUGGUAGAAAGCAGAUCUGGUGGCUCAUGCAUCACACUGAGGUUGUAAGUGCUUUUGGUUCUGAUCAACCUGCUGAGUGCCCAUGAUUCUCUGUGCCUCAGUUUUCCCAUGGGCACAGUGCAGGUAAUAAUACUGAAACUUACUGGACAUGUAUGGAUAUGUGAAUUGUAAGCAUGUUGGGGAGGAAUGGACUUCUUGCCUUGUCCAAGCAUACCUGUAUGUUUUUUUACUAACACUGUAUUUCUAAAUAGAUUUUAAAGAUUGAAUGGGUACGUACGAAUGUCUGAUCAGCUCUUCAAACCUUGUAAGAGUCAAAAAGUUAUCUCUAACUUAUUUCUGAUGUGCUACUACCACCUUUGUAUUGUAGUGCACUCCUAUGACCCAUCAACCAAGCCUGUCCUUUGUAAUAUGCACUAUAAAAAUGCACUAUAAAUCCCCAAAACGCAGCACUAAAGUGUUUAAUAUGUCACUGAAA